CUCUCUGCACUCUGAAGAUAUUUUUCGCGGUCCACAGCCAACGUUGGAUAGCGCUCCUCUCUCCUCAGUUAAUUCGUCAAGGUAUAAGAUAUUUUCUUUUGUGCAUAGUUAAAGAGGACCACGAUCUCUAUUGCUAAUACUGCUCUCAUUCUUAAUUGCAACACUACUUCGUGAGAAAAUUAGGGUUUCAGUUUCAUUUCACUGUGGAAAACGGAGAAUUUGAUCAUGGCGGCUGAGGUUGUGGUGAGGAGUGAAGGGGAGGUGGAUGUGGAGAAGAUGAAGAGGAUGGAGGAGGAGGAGAAGAGAGGUUCAUCAGAGGUAGUUAGGUGGGAAAGGGUUCUUCCUGGAAUGGUACUUAGAGUUUUGCUUGUUGAGGCUGAUGAUUCCACGCGCCAUAUUAUAUCGGCUCUUCUGCGGAAAUGCAACUACAGAGUUUCUGCGGUUCCAGAUGGGUUAACAGCAUGGGAGACGUUGAGGGGCGGACCACAUAACAUAGAUCUCAUAUUAACUGAAGUGGAGUUGCCAUCAAUAUCAGGAUUUGCACUUUUAACAUUAGUCAUGGAGCAUGACAUUUGCAAAAAUAUCCCAGUCAUAAUGAUGUCUUCUAAUGACUCAAUUAGCAUGGUAUUGAAGUGCAUGUUGAAAGGCGCAGCCGACUUUCUCAUCAAGCCUGUUAGGAGGAACGAGUUGAGAAACCUUUGGCAACAUGUUUGGAGAAGGCACGCUCCUAAAAUUGAAGCCUCUUCUGAGAACAAUGCAGCAAGCAGUCAGUCAAGUGAUUAUGCAGACUCUACUUACAAAGAUGAGGAAUACUGCGAGAAAGAGAGUUUUUCCCAAGGUCUUUCAAAGAGGAAGGUUGGAAGUCCUUCGAAUUUAAGCAAUACAAACAAAAAAAAGCGUGGGGAGUUUGUUGAAUUAGAUGAAGAAUCAGUUGCACCUACUCCAGAAACUGAAGAAAGACAAAAUAAAUUGGGAUUAGAGAUUGGAUAUCAAGAUGAAACUGAUAGCGAGAGAGCAUCGCGACAUGAUGAAGCCCAUGCCAUUCUGAAACCGGUGUUCCAGGCUAUAUAUGUUGGACUGGAAGGCCAUAGAGAAAAUUUGAAUAUCCAUAGUGACGUCGAUUGCUGCAAUGAUGAUGUAGCUGAAACUUCCCAUGGAGUCAUUGACUUGAUCGGUACAUUUGACGAUCGCAUGAAGUGUAAUUAUGAACAAUUCAAUGAUGAUGAUGGCAUAAACAGGAUUGAAACAGCCCCACACUUGGAACUUUCUUUGAGAAGAUUUUGUUCCACCAGCUCAAUCGAGGUUCCCAUUGAAAGGCAUAUACUGAAUCAUUCUAUUGCAUCCGCCUUUUCAAGGUAUAAUCAUGGCAAGGCAUGGCAACCGCUUUUUCCAUCAUCAACUGCUAAUUGUAAUGGGUUGAGGGAGGAUGCAAAUCUAUCCCAUGAACUGUUGUCCGAUGAACUGCCUGACAAUACCGGAGGCGAUUCUCAACAGCUCGAUGCAAUUUCUACUUGCGAUCAGGAGAACAUAAGUACCCAGGUUGUAGGUGGACAAGCUGAACAAGCAUUUCCAAUUUAUGUCCCCAUUGCAAGAUAUGGCAUGUGUGCAGGAAAUAAUCAUGUUCUUACACGCAAGUACCAUAAACAAUCAGGAUUGUCCUCUGUUUGGCCUCCGAAGGAGUCCUGUCAACAAGAACUGUCUGGCUUUCCUACUACUAUCUCUGUUUCAGUUCACAACUCAGAACAAGUUUGUCACCGAUCUGAUGAAACUACCAAUAAUUCUACUGACCAAGCUAUGCAUGAGCAGAACAAAAUUGACACCAUGGAGGGGCCUGGAUUUGGCUCUUCUGCUGCUGGCCAAAGUGCGACUAGUAGUUUGUGCAAUGGUGUCAGGGAUCAUGAUAAUGACGGUGCAUAUGGAAGCAGUUUCAACGGAAAUGAAGGGAAGUCCAAUUUGCCCGUCAUAGAUGACAGUGGAAGGGCUCCAGAGAGCUUGGAUGGCGGCAGUCUCAUCCAUGACAGAUUUCUGGGGAUGGAUUCUCAUCGCUUUAGCCAAAGGGAAGCAGCUUUAACAAAGUUUCGACUGAAGAGGAAAGAAAGAUGCUAUGAGAAAAAGGUUCGAUAUCAAAGCCGGAAAAGGCUUGCAGAGCAGCGUCCCCGAGUGAAGGGACAGUUUGUUCGUCAAGUUCAAAUGACACUGCAAUAGCAAAUAGCUGAUGCUGAUGGUUUCCCCUGAAUCCUUAUAUUCAGUAGUGCCAACAUACUUGUUGCUCUCAAGUGCGUCAACAUCAAACUCCUGAAAAGAAAUACGAGAGCAAUGUGGAAGAUUUUUGAUAGCUUCUUUUUAAUGCUGGUAUGGAUUAACAAAAGGUAAACAAUUAUCGUGCAUUAGUCUCCUUUAGUGGGCGAAGUCGGGGCAGGUUGUGUUGAGGAAUUGAAUUUGUGACCUUUACCCUCACAUACCUCUAGUGCUAGUAUUGUAGCACUCUGUAGAUAUAACCACGGUGGUCUUGAAGUUUUUACCACUUUGGCUUGUUUCCUGUUCUCGUUAGAUUACUGAUUGUCGCUGGUUACUUGGUUAGGCAUCUUUAUUUGUAUAACUAUAAUGCUAUUGAUGGGAAUUAUGCUAUAGAUUCUUCAUUGAUGUU